AUGGCAAACCCUGGCAAGGAUGCAGUCACCAAGACCCUUGCAGAGGAGAGCAGAGCUAUCACUCAGCGUGACUUUGGCGUCGAAGAUGUGCAGGAAGAAGAGGCCCAACAGAAGGUUAUAUCGGCAUUGAAAGAGGCAGAGAGCAAAGCUGCCAAAGAGCUAGAAUAUGCAAAACAGAAGUCUGAUUACGAUGCGAGAGAACGCCUCGAGCAAGCUCGACUGCAACACGAAUUUGAACAAAGACUGCAAGAAGCCCUGCUGGAUGAAUUUCAGAGGAAAAGAGAGGCUGAGAAUGAGGCACGACAGAAGGAACAGGCUCAUCAAGCGAAGCUGCAGAAAAUGGGAUUUCCCGCUUACUUGUCGACAUCCAUGUCUAUCUUGGAUGCUGCCGCAUGA